CAAGCUUUGACCCUGCCUGGCAACAAAUGAUGGCUGAAAUGUGAUUGGUUAAAAGCUUUAAUACGAAAAUACGUGUCUGGAAGCCGCACAACCAUCGGAAAAGCUAUGAAAGGAAGCGGACAGACUAUUUGGAAUUAUUUAACGGACACUUUGGACACAGGCCUGGGGGCCGUGCUGAGCCAAAGCGUCUACGGUGUGGAAAACCCCAUCAUUUUCCUGAGCCGGAACCUGUUGGACCGGGAGACCAGCAUCCUCUGAUGAACAAGGGGUUCCUCCAGGACAUCAUUCAAAUGAAAUAGUGAAAAGUGGAGUGAGUCUUUGUUAGCAGACAUCUGAUGGUCAUUCCACUUUGAAACACCUUCAGAGGAUUAUAAGAGGAAAAGACUGCCAAAUGAUUACUUUCUGAAGUCCAACAGGUUCAAACUUCACCAGUUUUGCGGUAUACAGAAGUUCUUUUAAACAGCAGCAUUACUAAGGAGCCAUGGGAAACUGGAAAGAAAUGAGUAAAGAGGAGCUGGAAAAACAGUAUUCUCCCAGCCGAUGGUCUCAUAGGAUGGAUGAAGAUGCUGUAAUUGCUGCACAUUUUGCUUUGCUGAAAGAAGGUACAGAGAUUGCCCGCAGCAUGUUUCAGACGUUAUUAAAUGUUCCUUAUGGGGAAAUGGAAGGAGAAAAGUUGGACAUUUAUCUGCCAUCUAACCCAUCCAAAGAUUUGCCUUUAGUGAUUUACUUUCAUGGCGGAUAUUGGCAGUUUCUAAGCAAAGAAGAGUCUGGCUUCUUGGCAGUCCCACUUGUUUCCAGUGGUGUUGUUGUUGUUGCUGUGGAUUAUGAUAUAGCACCCAAAGGGGAUAUAAAUCUAAUGGUGUCUCAGGUGAGGCAAAGUGUAAUCUCGAUUGUGCAGCAGUAUUCUCACAUCAGUGGUGUAUAUUUAUGUGGUCACUCAGCUGGUGCACACCUAGCAGCAAUGGUUUUAUCCACUGACUGGUCCCAGUAUAAGAUCAUUCCAAAUAUCAAAGGGGCUUUCCUCAUCAGUGGAAUUUAUGAUCUUCUGCCAAUCACUAACAUAUAUGUCAACGAUCUUCUGAAAAUGACAGAAAAAGAUGCAUCAAUGAACAGUCCCAUAAGACUUGUGACACAAGCCAAGAGUUCAGCGGCAAUGUGUGAAAUUCUGAUAUCUGUGGCUCAACAUGACUCUCCUGAGUUCAGAAGGCAGUCUUUGGAAUAUUUCCAGGCAUUGAAAUCUGUAGGUCUGAAUGUUACCUUGGAAGAUGUAUCUAACAAGGAUCAUUUUGAUAUCAUUGAAAAUUUAAAGGAUGCAGGUUUUCUCAUUACACAGAGUAUUCUGAAGACAGUUAAAAAACUUUGACUUGGGGACAAGAAAGUUGAUCAAAUAUGAAGAAUUAACCCAUGCUUAAAAAAACAUUACUAAAAAGUAAUUUAUAAUGUGCUAAAUUGUAUGUACAGUCAGGUCCAUAAAUAUUUGGACGGAGACAACUUUUUUCUCAUUUUGGUUCUGUACAUUACCACAAUGAAUUUUAAAUGAAACAACUCAGAUGCAGUUGAAGUGCAGACUUUCAGCUUUAAUUCAGUGGGGUGAACAAAACGAUUGCAUAAAAAUGUGAGGCAACUAAAGCAACA